ACCCCAUAUCAUAAUAGGUAGAUGAACCUGCUCGACCAGAGCUCAACCAUCAAAGCCUGACUCCUAAACACGAAAUCAAACAUCAGUUCAAAGUGUUUGCGCCAUGCGUCGCGUCUUAUACAACAUCAUACGACACUGAUUAAUUGAGGAACAUGUGAAACAUACAAAAGCAGGUCUUUUAUACCUCAUGCGCCGCGCAACUCUACAGGGAAACAUGGCAAUGAUUUUACACAAACUGAAACCUCUCCGCUUUGUGACUCUGCUUCUGAGCUCCACGAUCAUCUUGUGUUUGUACUUUGAAAACACUGGAAAGCUUUUGAACGACACCUAUCAUCGUGUGUCCGAAAACGCUGCCUGCGUUUAUCGCACUUGCUCUCCGGACCGCGAGCGCACGGACUGGUUUAGCGCGCGUUACGCACCAACAGUCCAACUGUUGUACAACAGCAGGAACCGCGCGUUAAGACGAGACGUCUGGAGAUGGUGGAGGGGUCUACAAAAGGAGCCGUAUUUUCGCAACUACACAACUGUGUCGAGGAAACUGUUCCCGCUUUUUCCAGAUAAAAAUAACUACUCGGAUAGUCAUCCAAACCACUGGAGAACCUGUGCUGUGGUCGGGAACUCUGGAAACCUUCUGGGAUCGCAUUAUGGACCUAUUAUAGAUUCCAAAGACUUUGUCAUGAGGAUCAAUAGAGGUCCAACAAAAGGUUUCGAAGAGGAUGUGGGUUCAAAAACCACUCACCGGAUUUUAUACCCUGAAAGCGCCAUGAAUUUGGACAACUCAACUCAUCUGGUGUUUUUUCCUUUUAAGAUUUUGGACAUUGAGUGGCUCAUCAGUGCCUUCACCACUAAACACAUCAGAAGAAUAUAUAAAGAUGUUCCAUCUACAAUAACAGCCAAUAAGGACAAGGUGAUGAUACUUCACCCAGAGUUUAUGAAAUAUGUCUAUGAGAAAUGGACAGAGAAUCAUGGCAGAUAUCCGUCUACUGGUUUCCUAACAGUGAUAUUUGCUCUGCACAUCUGUGAUGAGGUUCAUGUUUUUGGAUUUGGAGCUACAAAAGAUGGAAACUGGCAUCAUUAUUUUGAUCAAACAUUGACUCCAUAUGCUUAUGAAAGUCACGCGGGAGACUUUGAAUAUGAAACAAUCAUUCGACUUCACCAGGAAAAGAAGCUUUUAAUGUACAAGGGUUGGACAUGAAGGAAGUCGCAUUUCAGAGAUGUUCCUGGAAGAACGAUGUCAUUGUUGUACAAUACCAAAUUGCAAUAUAGCAGUUUGAGGUAUCAGACCAUUUUAAUGGAAAUGUUUCUUUAAAGAAAUCUGAUGAGAGUGACAUGAAGACCAAAACAUUGACUUCUUCUCAUUGGCUUUUAUGAAUGCUGUCGGAUAUUGUCAGAUGAUGCUCAGAGUGUAAUUGUAAUGUAAGUCACUCAACGCUGAAAGUGUAUAUUAUUGAGGAACAUGAUGGACGGUUGGAGUGACCAAUUUGAGUUUACAAAAUUUUCAUUAUAUGCACCCCCUCAACUGACAUAAAACAAUCUGAAACGUAUAAUUUCAAUCGAACAAAACAAAUGAUACAAUAUAGUACUGAUGGUUAGUAUUUUUCUGAGGUUUAAUCAGUGGCGGUCGGUGACUUCUUUUUCACAUUUUAUUUUAUUUUUUACAAAAUUGGGCCCCUCUGGCAGUGGCACCAUCUUGCGCCUCCUCGUUGAGAACCACUGGGUUAAAUUAACCUACAAAAUUUUUAUAUUUGACCGAACAAUGGAUUAAAACAACCCAGCAUAGGUUAAAUUACAAACCAUUAGGUUUUGUUUGUCUUGACCCAAUGCUGGGUCACACUAUCUAAUGGCAAUUCAUAAUUCAGGGUUCCCACAUCUUAGUUAACUUCAAAUUCAAGGACAUUUCAAGGACUUUCCAGGUCCAAUACCCUCAAAUUCAAGGACUAAAUGUGGGGACACAUUUCAAGUGAGAGCAAGGUUACAUUGUUUUACCUUUUAAGAUACAUUGUUACAGUUCUCUUUCAAGGGAACUCCCGCUAUGUCACUGCGGUGACACUUUGGGGACGCCUCCAGGGGUAAGUGCGUCUGAAUGUGUAUAUCAGAUUCAACCAAUGGUGAGGCUUAACGACAAAGACAGGGUGACGCGGGAGUCAGGAAGUAUAUCGCUAUCUGAAAUAUUGCCAAAGACGGCGUUACAGGAACGCGGGAAGUAUAGCAAGGGAGAUGCAGCGUCUCAUUCCCUUCUCAGGGAACAACAGUUACAUACGUAACCAGAGACGUUUUCAUGUGUCAAACACAACUAUGCAAAAAAGCAUUUUGGUAUGAAUCAACAUUCGCAUACAGAAGAUAUAAGCAUUUAAAGUGAACAGUUUAGCAUGUGUGCUUAAAAAGUCUAGAAUUUUUAUGAUAUUAUCCUACACAGGGAAUAUGGAUUUUUUUUCAGAAAACUUCUUGCAUAAAAUAGAUUCAAGCACUUUCAAUGACCUGUAUCUAUGUAUGUAUAUUUUCAAAAACUUCCCAGGGGCCUUGAAUCCUCCCCCCCCCAGAUUCACAAACUUUCAAAGAUUUCAAGGACAUGUGGGAACUAAUUAAGGUGGCUAAUUCAUAUGACUACAUUCUUACAUUUUUGUACAAUUUGCCUUGCCCUACAUCGUACAGAUUCAUCCAAACUAGCUAACUUCUAAAAUAUAUACUAAUUCCUGUGAGAUAGGCUGUGAUGUUCAGACUGUUGAAUUUUGUAUUUUUACUCAACGAUUCAAGUUUGUAAUGUUCGGUUGCUUUUGAAGCGUUUGAUGAAACUGAAAUUUAAAAUGAACGUGUAAUUUAAAAAAAUUUUGCAAAGAUAAAGGACAAAUUAUGUUUACAGUUACGUAUUAACAACAUCAUAUUUAAUAAAAAUAAAAGUAACAAAACAAAACCUUGUACAGUUUUACUACUUCCGUCCCAGCUGACGGGGUUGAAAGUAACAAUGUGUAACUUAAAGGAACAGUAUGUAAGAAAUUUAUAUCAAUUAAUC